UAGUUUCAUGUGUUUGUUGUCGGUUGGUGUCGGUGUCGGUGCCAGCCUGCCCCGUUACUCUCGGUUCGUGUCGGUGGUUUUAACGGCGGACUGUCCGGGAGCUCCAGGAACACAUUCAUGGAGGAACCGUGAAGUUUUUACCGGAGAGGAACCGGAGGAAGAAGAAGAAGAAGAAGGAGGUGUUUCAACGUUGCAGCGUGAUGCAUUGUGAUGGAGGAGGCGGAGCACAGCCACUACGUCGCCCAGCUGAAGGUGGAGUUCGACAGCUGCGACACGACGGCCACUGGCUUCCUGGACCGAGACGAGCUGACGGCGCUCUGCAGGAAACUGCAGCUGGACGCUCACCUGCCGCUGCUCCUCGACACACUGCUGGGAGGACGCCCCUACGCCAGGGUGAACUUUGAGGAGUUUAAAGAAGGCUUUGUGGCCGUUCUGUCUCGCUCUCUGGACUUCAGCACAUCAGAGGAUGACAGCAGCUACCUGGAGCCAGUUGUCCCAGAGGAGGUGAAGCCAAAGUUCGUGAAGGGAACAAAGCGUUAUGGCCGCCGCUCCCGUCCCGACAGUAGGCCCGAUGCCGCGAUGACCUGCGACUCGGAGGACUCGCCGCCGUCCAGAACCGAGGCCACAGACUCAUCACCUUCUGGCGUCCGCAGGGCUAAACUGAGACGGUCGACGUCUCUGGAGAGUGUUGAGAGCCUGAAGUCUGACGAGGAGGCAGGAAGUCCGAAGGAGAACAUCCAGCCAGACUUUCAGUCUAAAGGUCCUCAGCAGCAGGAGGUGGAGGUGGAGCUGGGGGUUGUCGUUGGCAGUGGAGGAGGUGGAGGCGUCCUGACAGCGGUGUGUGAUCACCUGGACCUACAGCAGCUCAACACAGAGGAUCUGGACGUGCUGCUCAGGAAGUUGGAUGCCAACCUGGACGGCAGAGUCAGCGUCAGGGACUUCCAGAAGGUUCUACGUGGCUCCGCCCCCGUCUCCUGCUCCACCCCCGUACGAUCAGCUGACCUUCAGAGGACGCCACACUGGUCUCAGGCGCCGUUAGAGGAGCGCUCGGCUCGCUCCACCUCGCCCUCCCUGCUGACGGCCACGGUGGGUCAGAGAGUCCUCAGCCGACUGGACGAGGGCUCAGGAUGCACCAGCCCCGAGAGGGUCGUCGCCCUCUGGACCGAGGAGGGCAUCCGGAACAGCCGGAACAUCCUGCAGACUCUGGACUUUCCUCUGGAGGAGCGCCUCAGUCUGGCGGACCUGACUCUGGCUCUGGACAACGAGCUACUGGUCAGCGGGAACGGCAUCCACCAGGCGGCUCUUAUCUCCUACAAGAACGAGAUCCAGCACCUGCAGCUGGUCACAGAGCAGGCCUGCAGGGAGCGGGACAAGGUGAAGGUCGACCUGGAUCAGGCUGAUCAGAGGAACCUGCAGCUGGUCAGAGAGGUGGACGACCGCCACGCCAGCAUGGAGACCCUCAACCAGAGCAGGAUCAGGGACCUGGAGCAGGACUUCCGUGAUAGGCUGACGGCUCUGCGCAGCCAGUCGGAGCAGGAGAGCGAGGCUCUGAUGCAGCAGCUGGAGAGAGAGCGUGGCACGCUGCAGGACGAAUUGCAGCUGCUCAGAGCGCAGGAGGCGGAGCUACAGGAGGAGCUCUGCAGCACCACACAGGAGAACUGUCGUCUGGAGGAGGACCUGAGUGUUGUGAAGCUGAAGCUGACUGAAGCAGAGAGCUCAGUGAACAGACUGCAGAGAGACCUGGACCAGCUGCUGCACGACAAGUUUGGCAGCUUGGACGCGGCGGGCGCUGGUCUGAGUCACGAGGAGCGAUUCUCCGAAAUCGUCAAAGACUACGAACUGCAGUGCCGGGAACUGCGGGACAGAAACGAUGAGCUGAGCUCAGAGUUGGAUCUGCUGAAGAGUCAGAAGGGCGACAGGAAGUCCAGACGAUCUGCAGGAGACGACGAUGCCGCUCUGAGCUGGACCGAACAACGACCCGCCAGCACCGAGUCAGACUCUGACGAGUCGGACAUGAAGCGCAGAUCGUCUCCUCUGGUCAGGAAGAAGCUGCAGCCGGCAGACAAGACAGCUCUGUGUUCACUGGACAGCGCCUCUGGUCCGACUGUCAGCAUCCAGACUGAACUGGCUCUGGAGCAGCUGAAGCAGAAACACAACCAGGAGCUGCAGCAGCUGCACAUCAAGCUGGAGACUCAGGUGAACUACUAUGAGCGCAGCCUGGAGGUGAUGAGGCAGAGCAUGGAGGUGGAGCGUAAAGACAUCUCUCAGGCCUUCAAGAUGGAGAUCAGUGAGCUGGAGGAGCAGAAAACUGAGGCAGAGAAGCAGGUGAAGCAGCUGAAGGAGACUCUGGACAAACUGCACUCUCAGAUCCAACAUGGAGGAGGAGGAGGGUGGAGCAACGAGCAGGAGCGCAGGGUGCAGCGGGAGCGGGCGGAGCUCGAGCAGAACUUUGCCAGAGAGAUCGGGAACCUGGUCCAGAGACUGAGCGCCGAGAAGGACCAGCUGGAGGCCGAGCUGAAGCUGAAGAUGGACCAGGAGGUGGUGCUGGUCAGGGAGGAAACAGAGCAGCAGCUCUCUCAGAUGAAGCUGCAGCACGCCGAGGGUCAGCGCCGCCUCCUCCACCACCUCAACUGGGAGCGCCAGCAGCUGCAGGAGCAGAGAGGAUUUUGGGAGAAGCGGCUCGCUGAAUCAGAGCAGGAGAAGCUGCGGUGUGAGGAGGAGCAGGCUAGGAUCUGCAGUCAGUCCUCAGAGAAGAAGAGCUUGGAGGAGCAGGUCUCCAGGUUACAGGAGCUCAUACACAACUCCCAUCUGCAGAUCAGCCAAUCAGAGACCAGCUUGGAGGAGCUCAGAGGGCGCUGUGGUCAGCUAGAAGAGGAUCUCAAAGCUUCUCUUGGGUGCUGUGGUCAGUUAGAGGACGAUCUUAAAGCUUCUCGUGGGCGCUGUGGUCAGUUAGAGGACGAUCUCAAAGCUUCUCGUGGGCGCUGUUCUGAUCUGGAAGCCAGACUGGAGGAGGCCUGCAAUCAGCUGGAGGAGAGCAUCGCCUUCCUGGAGUCUCAUGAGCGUUUAAGUAAGCGGCUAGCCUCAGAGAAGAGCUGUAUGGAGGAGGAGCUGCAGCAGGUGAUGACCAGGAAGGAGCAGCUCCUGGUUCAGGUGACCCAGCUGAAAGAGGAGCUGGGAAACCUCCAGGCUGCGUCCGACAGCAUCCUGCAGGACCGGGAGGUGGUGGCCGAUAACUGCAGCCGCCUCUCCAACGCUUUCAUCCAGCAGCAGGCUCAGCUCAGAGCCAGAGAGCAGACGGCGAGCGCCCUGAGGGCGGAGCUGGAGGGUCUGCAGGAGGCCACGAGGAGCCGAGCAGAGGGUCUGUCAAAACUGACCGCUGAGCUGGACUCGCUGAAGACGGACCGCGCCAGGCUGAUCCAGGACCUGAAGGACCAGGCCAUGGCUGUGGACAACCUGCAGCUGGAGCUGGAUGGCGUCUCUGAGGAGCUGAACAGGAGGAGGAGCGCCGAGGAGGGUCUCCAGGAGGCUCUGAAGCAGGAGCAGACCAGGACCUCGCAGAUACUGUCCGGUCUGGACGAAGAGAAGGAGGAGGUCUGUCGUCUGAGCCAAGAGAACAGGAGCUACGCCAGGAUGGCGGACCAGCUCUCCAACCAGAUCGUAGAGAUGGAGGAGGAGAUCUCCACGCUCAGAGACCAUCUCAGAGAGCUCAGCUCCCAGCUCAACGAGACCGCAGACCUGGUCUUGGACCUCCGGAGGCAGCUGAACUCCAAAACCAGUGGGGUGGAUCGGCUCCUGGCCAAAGUUGCGGACGGCGACGAUCUCUUACGGCAAGCCAAAGCCUCCUCUGAGAAGCAUCACAACGACCUGACCAACCAGCUGCAAGCGAAGCACGAAGACCUGGAUCUGAGCAGACUGCAGGUCCUCCAGCUGCAGCAGGACCUGCAGGACUCCCAGGACCAGCUGAGGACGGCGGAGGAGGACUUUGAGCAGGAAAAGAGGAAGAUGAUGCAGCAGCUGAUGGAGCUUGAGAAGCUGGUCCUGGCCCUGGAGGAGGUGAUGGACCCGGCCAGUCCACACAGGACUCAGCUGGAGGACGUUCGAUCGGAGAACGGAGCUCUUCAGGAGCGAUUGAGCGUCCUGCAGCAGGAGGUCCAGAAGAUGGAGGACGACGUCUCCAAGAGGAGGAGGAAACUGGAGGAGAUGGAGAGAGAACACGAGAGGAGCAGAGAAGAAGAGGAGAGGCUGCACAAAGAGAACUCCAGAUACCGCGAGGAGGUACUGGAUCUGAGCAGCAGGAACCUGCAGCUCAGCAACGACAACGCCGAGCUGAGCGCCCGUCUCCGUGGAGACCAGGAGUCGGUCCGGAUGCUGCGGGAGCGCCUGGCGACGGUCUCCAAGGAGCAGGAGGAGGAGGGAACGACGGUGCGGCGGCUGCAGGAUGCGGCGCAGCAGCUAGAGAGAGAGAAGCUGCAGCAGCAGGCCGUCUGGACGCAGGAGAGACGGCUGCUGGAGAGAGAGCUCAGCUCCUACAAGGAGAAGCUGGGUCGUCUGUCGGAGCUGGAGGCGGAGCUCAGCAGCGUGACUCUGAAGCUGCAGUGGUUGGAGGAGGAUAAAGCCAAACUGCUGAGAGAAGCCGACGACCGAAACAACAAGGUGGAGAAGCUGCAGCAGUCGGUGCUCUGUGUGGAGUCGGAGGCCGAGCUGCUUCGCUCUCAGCUCCACGCCGUCAGUCACGAGAAACUCGGCCACGCCCAGGAAGUGACCGAGCUGCAGAGGACGCUGCAGGACGCUCAGAGCAAGGUGGAGGAGUUGGAGAGCAGCUUCAGGAGGCUGAUGAGGGAGAAGGAGGAGCUCGCUCAGGCUCUGGAGGAGCAGGAGGAGCAGACCUCCGUCACUCUGCAGGAGGAGUCCCACAAACUGAGAGUCCAGAACCAGGAGCUCCAACACAAGCUGUCGGAGCUGCAGGUCCGAGGUCUGGAGGUCCAGAAGCUGACCCAGCAGCAGCAGAACCUGAAGACCAAACUGAACGAGCUGGAGACGGAGCGGACACAGGCUCAGGACCAGGCGGUGCGGGCCGACACGGCGCUCAGUCUGGUUCAGGUGCAGCACGUGAGGCAGCUGCAGGAGCUGCAGCAGCGGGCGGGUGACGGCUGCAGGGAGCAGGUGGAGCUGCUGCAGGCCCGGCUGCUGGAGGAGCAGAGGAGGAGUCAGCAGCUGGAGGAGACGCUGAGGCUUCAGGCCCAGCACAGCAGCUCCCAGAUCAGCAUGAAGCAGGAUCAGUACGAGAAGGCGAUGUCCGCCCUGCAGCAUAGGAUGGAGGAGCUGGAGACCAAACUGAAGGGAGUCCAGCUGGUUCUGCAGGAGAAAGUCCAGCAGCUCAAAGAUCAGCUGGCGAAGAACACAAAGUCCAGCGCGUUGCUGAAGGAUCUGUAUGUGGAGAACUCUCAGCUGAUGAAGGCUUUGCAGGUCACCGAGCAGCGGCAGAAAAACGCAGAGAAGAAGAACUUCCUGUUGGAGGACAAAGUCAACGCUCUGAACAAGCUGCUGCGAGAGGUCGUCCUGGCGUCGCUCGCCACGUAGCUGCUGAACCAAAGACAUUGUGACGCUGCGGCAGCUGGUCUGAGAUCAGUUUCACUAAAGCAGCUUCAGGACGUCGGGUGAAACUGAAAACAGGAAAGAUUUCUCAAACCUCAGUGAGAUGCACUCAGACAUGUUGGAUGUUUCUUUCUCGUUACAGGUGAGAAGUGUGUGGCGUUCAUGUUCGGCCACGUCCUCAAAGUGAGAACAAGACGAUGAAGGACUCGUCAACCCGUCUGAUUCAUUUAUGGAUGAACAGAAACACAUCAGUCAACAGGGAGAACGUGUUGAAGUGAGAUCCAGUCAGACACUAAACAACAACAUCAAAUUAGAAAAGAUUACAUCGUUAUAAACUAUCAUUAGAGCCAUUGUAGGUAAAAUAUAUCUAUAUAUUACGGAGCCGGAGGAGGGGGGUAAUAUUCAGAGAAGAUAACUAGAUUAAAGGUGCAAAUUUACGAGAAAAAAACUGACAUUCUCUGAGAUUAAAGCGUUAAAUUUACGAGAAAUAACUCAAAUUUACGAGAAAAAAACUUGAAUAUUCUCUGAGAUUAAAGUCGUAAAUUUAUGAGUAAAAUAUUCUCUGAGAUUAAAGCGUUACAUUUAAGAGAAAUAACUCACAAAUUGACGAGAAAAAAACUUGGAUAUUCUCUGCGAUUAUAGUCGUAACUUUACGAAAAAAAACAACUCAAAUCAGUUUGCUGUUUUCUUCUAAAUCGGUCCAGCUCUCGGCUUCAAUGUCUUUUCAAAGUCCCGAUGCUGAUGUUAUCGUGUGACGAUGCCGAGUGUGUCGAUAUGGUAGAAAACAGAUAUUUAUUGAUAUUGGUGACUGAACGCUAAUCCGAGCACACAGAUUAAUAAACUAUCAGGAGAAACUAACUUGGAGUCAAAUCGAGUUCAGAUAUGUGAUCCCUGACAUUCAGAAUAAAAGCAGCGCAGGGUUAUAUAAUGUUAAGAUAAUAUAAUUACUAAACCACCAAAUAAAUAAUCUGUCAGAAAAAUAAAAACCUGAUCAGCCAAUCAGAGCAGAGUAUAACUGUGUUUGAUUAUUAAUGUGUAAUUCCUCUCUUUCUAUCCAGAUUUACUUCAACAUCUCCCCUAAAAUGUAAAUCUUUCUUUCAUCAUAAUGAUUCUCUCAGAUGUCUCAGCAUCAUGUUGUGAUUUCCACCAGAUUACAUUUUAAUAAUGAUGAAUUUAAAGUGACCUGAGGAAAUAGUCUAAUCUCACCCUGUAAAAAUUAAUAACCAGGUGAGAUGUCGAUGUGCAGUUUGACUCACAGGUAAAAAGGUGUGUCAGGGUCAGUGUGUGUGUUGUCGGCGUGGCCUUUUCAUACAUGAGUCAUCACCAGCCUCACCUGUAACACCUGUAUCUACUCAACAGGUUCUCCUCCCUGAAGCUGCUUUACACAAACUGAACGUUUGUUUUCUUUAAGAAAGACAAAGGAAAACCAGUCUGACCACACACACGCACACACACACACUCUGAAGUAUUUCAACCAUGAGGGUAUUAUGUUACUUUAUGUUUUAUAUAUUUUUAUUGUUAUUUUUAAUGUCAAAGUGAGACUUUUAUUUUUGUGAAGUUUUAGUGUCUGCAGGAAACACACGUUUGCUUUUCUGGAUUCUGUUUCAGUCUGUAUUUUCCCGUCAGAGUGAGACCUCCUGCUCCUCCACUCAGCUCUGAUAAUCUUUCCUGUUCAGGUACAACAAAACACAUCACACCUGUCUGUGGACCGACGUGUGAGACAGACCUCCAUGUAUGAUAAUGUAACAUGAGAACCACAUUAAAUUAUCUGUUUUUAUCGCA